AGCGCCGCGCCCCGCUGCCCUCCAGUAAAGGUGUGAGGUCCCUGAAGUUGUUGCAUCCUUUGUCCCCUCUCUCUCCAUUGAGACCCUUCCCCGGGUGGGGGCUGGAGGGAUGCAGGUCGGAACCCGGUCCCCCAGGAGGGACACAGCCAGGUUCCGGGGGACGGGGCGGACGCAAAUGUCAGCGGGCAACAGAGGUGGGGGCGGAGCCCGCGGACUACGCGUCCCGUGGUGCCCCGCGGCCACUUCCGGGCCCCAGUGAUGCCCUGCGGCGCGCCGGACGCUAGGUGGUCUGGCCAUGUUUCGCGCGCUGAGCGCCCUGGGCGCGCGGCCCAUGGGCCUGCCCCCAGCCCCGUUUCUGCUCCCCGUGCGCUGCCGCAAGACGCGCCACGACCCGCCGGCCAAGUCCAAGGUUGGGCGCGUGGCGACCCCACCCGCUGUGGAUCCUGCGGAAUUCUUCGUGCUGACGGAGCGUUACCGGCAGUACCGCCAGACGGUGCGCGCCCUCAGGCUGGAGUUCGUGUCCGAGGUGCGCAAGAAGGUGCACGAGGCCCGGACCGGGGUCUUGGCAGAGCGCAAGGCACUGGAGGACGCCGCUGAGCACCGCGAGCUGAUGGCCUGGAACCAGGCGGAGAACCAGCGGCUGCGCGAGCUGCGGAUGGCCAGGCUGCGGCAGGAGGCGCGGGAGCAGGAGCGGCGGCAGGCGGAGGAGGAGGCCCGGCAGGCCCGCGAGGCGCAGGCUUGGGUGCAGCUCAAGGAGCGUGAAGUGCUGCAGCUGCAGGUGGGCCGUGUCUCCAGAGGAUGGGGCUGCAGGCCGCGAACUCCGCCGGUGCCGCGAGUCCUGCGCGCAGCCAGGAGGAGGCAAAAAACUUCAUUACCCGAGAGAACCUGGAGGCGCGGGUGGAAGAAGCGUUGGACUCCCCCAAGAGCUACAAUUGGGCCAUCACCAGAGAUGGGCUGGUGGUCAGGCCACAGCACAAGGGCUCCUGAGGGCCCAGUAAGGACAGUGUCCACCCAGGGACCGUGGGGGUAGGGGGGUUGGGCCUGAUCUGGAAUAAAGCAGUUGUUUCUUAUGAAGGAGGAGGCUCUACCUAUUCCAAUGCAGCCUUCACUUUUGGGCCUCAGCACCCACCACUUGGUCAGAAACUCCACACACAGUGCCCUGUUCUGCACCCAUGUACAACUCUUAGCAAAGCACCAGACCUUAGAAGUUUCCAUCUCACAGAGGAGCAUAGUCCCCUCGGCAGCCAGGUCAUCUCCUGAGUAUCCUCAAGGUCCAGUGGUUGGCAUAUUGCAGUCCUUGGGCCAAAUCUGGCCUAUUGCUUCUUUUUGUAAAUAAAGUGUAUUGGAACACAGCCACAGUUAUUCAUUGACUGCUCUCAUACUACAAUGGCAGAGAUGAGCAGGUGCAACAGAGACCUUAUGACUUGCAAAGUCUAAAAUAUUGUUAUAUGCCUUUUUAAAUUGAAAUAUAGUUGAUUUACAAUGUUUUGUUUCAGGUGUA